AUGGCGGUGAUGGAGAACAAGACGUGGCUACACCCCUCAUAUAUCCCCCAUUAUCUCCUUCGUGGUGACCCUUUCACCUCGAGGCUCUCCAGAGAAGCGGAUAUUGUUGCAGCCUUUUACAUCUGUAUAAUAGGUUAGUCUCUCACAGUAAAGACUUCUUCUCUUUAUCUCAUUGUUAUUUUGUUUUUAGCUGAAACUGACAUCAGUGGUGGCCUGUUCAACCCUCUUUUUCAUGUAGAUUACAUGCCAGUUUAGGGUGAAAAAGAAAGAUCAAAAUCUUCUCCAUGCUUUCUCUGAACACAUCUUGUAUAUGAACUUCUUAGGACUUGAAUGCCACAGUCAUCUAAUAUUGGUUUUUAUCUUUGCUCCUUUUUGUGCAAAGAUUUCAUUAGAUUCUGCAAAUGAUUCUCUUUUAAUGAUAUUAGAGUAGAGUGGAAUAGAAUAGACUUUCAUUGGUAUUUGCACAUAGGCACACUGGAUUUGUGUAAAAUACCUAGAGUCAGCUCAAUAAAAGCAAGCUGUUAUUGCACAUGGUUUAAUUGCAUUGUUUUGCUGAUUGUCAAUAUUGCACAUUGUUGUUAUGCAGUACAGUGUUAUUGGUGGACAUUUUUAUAGACACACUCUGUUAUUACCUCGGUAGUUGGCUGUCCAUUUAGUAAUUCUUAGUAGUCUUUCCUUCCUGUCUUAAUUUCCUGUGAUAUUAGUCUUUUAAGCAGAUGGAAAGAAGCUAUUGUGGAAGUGGGCUUUGGGAGUUGGGAUGCUGUCUUGGUUGUGGUGUCUCAGGUUCGAGCUUGAGCCCUUCCUCUGUGAGCCUAUAUGAGGAGCUGGCGUUGAAAUCUGGCCUUCUUCGGUAUCAUGAUAAAAAUGAUGCUGCUGCUGCUGUGCUUUUUGUCUCUGAUAUAAGUGUUUUCAGGUUCUCAGUAAUACGAAGAUUGAGGAACUUUUUACUGUCAACCUGGUACACAUCAUCGACUGACUUCAUUUUAUAACCUGAGUUCAUAGAGUGUCUGCAAAGUCUGGUCUCUCUACAUUUUCUUUAUUUUUUCUUUUAUUUGCUGCUGAUGGAUUUUUCUGCCAGGAGAAGAGUUUAUUCAAGAGAAGAGUUUUUUUCAUCAAGACAGAGCACCUCUGGACAAUAACAUCCAAUUCCAGUGGACAUCAGGAGGCGUUCUCAUGAUUGCUGUGCUGUUGCACAAGUAAAGGUAAAGUUGAAGACUUUACCUUUACUUGACAUGGAGAUAUAAACCCUUUCUUCCAUCAGUCAUCAUGGGAAAAAUCAACUCCCUGCUCAACAAAGGCGAUCAACAAAGACUGAGAAAGUAUACGGUGAGAGCAGUCUCCUGUGUUUUACGGAAAACACAGGCUUUAUUUGUCAACCGGACAUGAUGUAACUCUUCACACAUAAAUGUCAAGGACGGGUGGUGUUGUCCAGGUAUUGAACUGUUGGCAGUUUCCUUUCAGCCAUAUUACGUUCCAAGGGAGUUCAGUCAGAUCAUAACAAUACUUGAAUACAUCCCACCAAAGUCAAUGGCUGAAAUGCCGUGUGAUGUUCUGCAUUAUACUGUUGCUAGGGUACAGGCUCAACAUCCUGAGGCGCUAAUAAUGAUGUCAGGAGACUUCAACCAUGUCACCCUCUCCUCUCACCUGACUGGGAACCGUCCUACCAAAGAAAACAAAGCCCUGGAUCUGCUGUAUGCCAACGUCAAAGAAGUCUACAGAGCCACUGCCUUAUUACCACUAGGCAGACCUGUUACAGACCGUGUGUGCUGAGGCAGCCUGUGACCAACAUCAAAAUCAGAAGAUGGACACCUUAGGCUAGUGAAGCUCUAAGGGACUGUUUUUAAUCAAUAGACUGGACUGUGCUGCUGGAAACAGAUGAGGACAGUAUGAACAUUGGCAGACGGUUUAACUGCUUUACAAAGUAAAUCAACUUCUGUAGAGACACAGUUAUACCUACAAAGACUGUUCGCCAACAACAAACCCUGGAUCACCGGUGUUGUGCCUGAAUGUGUUCAAUGAACAAUCGUUCAUGAACUCAUUCACAUUUCGGGCGAACAUGAACAUAUCGCUCUUUGUUUGUGUGUGAAUGUGUUGGUGUUGAAUGCGCUCAUUCUGGUGUCUGUGAGUGGUGUUCUAAACUCCGUUCACAUGAGUGCCAGAUGUCCAGAGCCUUCCAGGUGAAACCCCAGCUAAAACACACCGUAAACAGGCCUUAAUAUUUAGUGGAAAGCCACCCAAUUUGGCAACCCCAAGCAGCCUGUCUGUUGCUCCAAUAAUUACGCCAGUCGUCACGACUUCAGUAUACAUUAUGGACAAACGAGGUAGCACUAGCUACCCGGAGCACACAGACUCGUAUGAGCAUUUAAAAGAUUUUAUGUAAAAGUCAACACCAACACAGACGGUAAAAUCCAAUCUUUUUGUGUAGACUUUGUCCACCUGGUUUGAGGAAGCAAGUCCGAACAUCGACGACAUCUUCAGCAAACCUUAAACGGAUAUGAUAAGAAAUCACAUCAUACCACAAAAUCAUACCGUUAUUGUUAAUUGUUAUUGUUAUUUCCAGUUUUUGUUCUGGUUCCUUUUUAGUUUGACUGAAAUAAAAUUUGAUGUGAAUUGUUUCCAGGUAGGUUUGGAAAAGCAAAGAAAUGAAAAAAAUAAAUUUAAGUACUACAGUCCUGUUGUAAUCAUAAUAAAGGGUGUAAAAACCAUUCAAGCAGCAGGUUUAUGAAAACGUUAAUAAAAAAUAUACUCUGGAGAUAAAAGUUCCUACUGGUGAGGACUGAACAAAACAUUAGGGGAACGCCAGUAUACUGAGGGUUGUCCUCUCAAUGCUAUUCUGGUUGAACUAGGAUUCAAAAAUGGACAUCAAGAUUAAUCUGACGUAGUUUCAGUGCUACAACGGCUAAAACAGUUGCUUUCUGUGGUUCUAUAUGGGCUCCAUAAAAAAUCUUGAUAAAUAAUAACUUGCAGCAAAUUACUGGAGAAAAAAAAGAACUAAUAUGGUUUAUUGUUGGGAACCAUGAUCUGAAGUUCAAAAUGUGGAAUUAUGAAUUUUGAACUUAACUAGUUUAUUUUAAAAUGUGUGAACUGAACUUUGAAAUAGUUUGGGUAGAAAGUGAACUUUCCCAACACUGUGAAUCACAAGUGACAUAAAGGCAAUCUAUGUUAAGAACAAGGUCAUUUCCUCUUCCUUAGACUGUGAUCUUGUGGACCAAGUUCCUCAAGAUCAUGCACUUAACAUGCAUGUUGAAAAAGAAAUCCCAAAAUUCUUUGCAACUUUAAUACUGAGAAAAAUUAAGCUGAAAUAGUUUCACUGUUUGCUCACAGUCUGUCACAAUGAUGAACCUUGAUGAACCUCUCUCCAUCUUUUCCAAUGCUGACGCUCUACUUUUAACAAUUCUCAGUAUUCAUCAAGGUGAAUUGGGUUAGCAAACCCAGGCUAGCCAAAAACAUCAGCAGCAUCAUUUUGAGAUUGCAAAAAUGAUACCACGCUGUUCAAAACUCAUACUUCAGCCACUUAAAAAUACAAUGUGAAGAAAUCAAUAUGAAAUAAUAAAUCAUCUAAAUAAAGACUGGAGUGGAACAACCAUUAACAGGAAAUAUGUUAUUCACUUUGAUUGAAUCCGACGUCUUGUUACACUUCUCAUUUCUGAGCUCUAUUUUCCCACAUGACUAAUUAGAGGACACUCUUUAUUUGCCAUCAUAUGAGUGCAUGGAAAGUGAAGAGAGACACAGUGUGCUCAUGGUGUCUUUAUCAAUUUCCUUUAACAGUUUUAUUUCAAGGAUAAAAGCAGAAAAAGUUGUUUGUGAUCAAACAAGGCUCAAAGAGCCAGCUGACUAGGCCACAGGUUUAUGACUGAGGCUAAAUUGUGUUAAGAGUUUUUUUGGGGUUUUUUUUGCCACAUUUUAUCCGUAAAUCAGUUUAUUACAUUAAUGACUUGUUAUGUAAUACAUUUCUCAGAAGCAGACUAAGAAGUCUAAGAAGAUCUCUUGUGCCUAGAGAAAGCAAAUCCAAACUGACAUGGUCUGUGGGUCUCCAGUACCAAAAACAAGAGAGGAAAAUCAGUGAGAUUUGCUUAAAGGCAGGCAACAUUUCCCCUCCAACCAAAAGCCAAGACUUACAAUUAUAUAAGAUUUUGUUUUUUCCACCUGCUUCUGAUUUUGUCUGCUGUACAUAACAAAAACAACACAAUAAUAACAUUUCCUUCAUCUAAUAUACAUGUAUAUGAAUUAGAGCCAGUCUUAUUAGUCAAGUAUUUAUACAUAUACAAAGAGUUUGACUCCAGUUGACAUUGUUUUUAUAACUGUUAUAAAUAAGGAUGACAUGGAAUAGAUAUUAACUUUGUAAGUGCUUACAGUAUAUUUACCCUUUAUUUAAAGGGAUAUUCCAGCAUAAAAUUAAUUUAGGGUCAAACAAACUGGAACACCGAGUUAGACAGCCCCUUGAGAGAUGAAUGUUGUACCAACUUUACCAACUUUAGUAAUGACCGCACAAUAGCAAUACACAGCGGUCUGAGGAGCCAUAAACAAACCUCAACCAAAAAGCCACUCUAUAGCCACAAAUAAUGCUCAGAACAGCACCUAACUUCAUCAACAGUACAUAUAGGGUGCCAGCCACAGUACUAGCCACCAAAUAUCUUUUGAACUUUGCCUACUCUCCUCCAGCAGCCGCUUGUUUGUAGCGAGACCUCGGGCCAGUCCAUUACGGACUACAGCAAAGAGACGCAGCUCAAAGAAGAACAUUUAUGAUCAUUUCUACAUGGAAAUGCAAUCAGACCGAGACGCUAAGGCAGAAGAACUACUGUGUCUGCAGUGCAAAAUUAUUAAUAUGGUGAUUAUUACUUCAAGGAAAUGAUAAAGUAAUGAUCAGAAAUGUUCUUCUUUGAACCGCGUCCAUAAUGGACUGGCUGGAGGUCUUGUUACAAACAAGCGGCUGCUGGAAGAGAGUAGGUGAGUUGUGUUUAGUCUCUUUGCUAAAGAAAUCAGGCAAAGUUAAAAAGAUGUUUGGUGGCUAAUGCUGUGGCUAGGACCCUGUAUGUACUGUUGAUGAAGUUAGGUGCUGUUCUGAGCAUUAUUUGUGGCUAUAGAGUGGUGUUAUGGUUGAGGUUUGUGUCUGGUUCCAUAGAGCGCUGUGUAUCGAAUCAUGUGGUCGUUACUAAAGUUAGUAUAACUAGAGAAGCAAGCGGUCGGCAACAUUCAUCUCUCAAGGGGGUGUCUAACUCGGUGUUACAGUGUGUUUGACCCUAAAUCAAUUUUACGCCAGAAUAUCCCUUAAACACAGUAAUGUGAAACACCGAAAAAUAUCCUAAACAUGAGCCCAAAGCAAGAUACACACCAGCAUCUGAUCAGCAGGGGUCUGCUCUACUACAGUACAACACAGCUGCAUCUCAGGAAAGUCUAUCAUGAAAAAAUAUGAUCAGCUGACAUGGACCUUCUUAAAACUUUUUACAAAGCUUUGCCACCUUGAAAUUUUGGCCUCUGGUCUGUGGACUUGAGGCAAAAGGCUAGAGGGUAAGAAGUUGAGCUGAUGGUUGUGGUCCCUCUUCUGUGAUACAUGCCUGAAGCAAUGAGCUAUACUGGGCUCUUUUAAUGAGAUAUGUUAAUAAGUAGUUAGAUUGUUCAUCAUGACAGACUACAUACUUAAUACUGUGGAAAAAAAAAAACAGUAGACUAAUGUUUAUCCUGCAGCCUUAACUGUAAUUUUACUCUUCAGCUGUUAUUUAUGUGUCAGUGCACAGUGAACAUCAGUGUUCAUUGUACUGAAAGACAUAUUGGCUCGAUGUAAAGAGAAGAUGACAUGACGAGGUAUUCAUGCUUUGCUGUUUUGUCCCACAGGCAGUCAACCAACUUGUGAAUCGACCCGAAUGAAAAUUUGUUAAGCUGUUAUGUAAAGUGUCAGGGAAGGGUGCUUACACUAGUUGAAGUUAUUCAUGCUAGCGUUAAUAAUGUAGAUACUGGUGGCUAUGAGGUUAAGGAGUCAAUAACGUAGCAGUCAUAUACAGUAUUUCUCAUUCAAACCGUCACUCUUUCUCCCUCAUGAAGGCUAACUGCAGGAUAAAAAAUCCAUGCUACUCUGGAAAAUGACUUGGUAUAUGAAUUCCUCACUUUUCAUGAUGAAUUAAGAUGACAAGAAUAUAUUGAUCAGAUAAGAUAAACCUUUAUUUAUCCCACGGUGGGGAAAUUUCCAACUGGGUGUUGGCUGCCUAAUGCGCAUGGUCUAGCCUGAAGCGUUGACUUGUCAUGUUUUAUUUGCAGCAAUUUAAAAGCCACAGAAGAGGAAUAGCUUUGAUUUUCCAUCCUGGAGAUGAUGUGUUUUUUUUCAGAGGAAUAGGAAGUUAAAAGUUCUGAUAUUUAUUAUUGUUUUGUAGCUGCAGUUAAAAUACCAUUUCUACAGUGGCCGAGAACCGCCACUGCUGCAAAUAAAAAAAGAAUGCAAAAAAAAAAAGAGGUCACAACAGAAGUAACUGAUGCAAAAAGAGAAAAAGAAACCGAAAAGAAAUGGUGCAGGUAAAAAAAAAAAAGCCACGGUGCAAAAAAAAGUGACCUACUUCGAAGGAUGCAGAUAAAAAAAGCCACAACAGAAGUGAGCUGCUGGGGACCAAUAAUGAUAAUGCACCGGUGUUUUACAAUCUAGAAACAGAAGACGACGGCGAGAAGACGACCAAAGAAAUAAGUUGAAAGGUUAUUGUUUAAUUUUGCUUCAUAAACUUUUCAGUGUGUCAUUUGGUUGCCAUGUAGCGCCUCAGUCGAUAUGAAGUUGAACUGAAGCUAACACUACACCGGCAUCCUCCAGUUCAACUUUAUAUCGACUCAGGUGCAACAUGGCCUAAACAAAUGACACACUGAAAAGCACAUGAAGCGAAAUUAAACAAUAACCUUUCCACUUACUUCUUUGCUCGCCUUCUCGCCGUCGUCUUCUGUGCCUAUACUGCAAAACACCAGUGCAUCAAAAUCAUUGGUCCCCGGCACCUCACUUCCAUUGUGGCUUUUCUUUGCAUCCUUUUAUUUUCGCAGUAACUUUUUUUUUUUUUUUGCGCAUCGCCCCUUUUUUGCGCUAACAUGUGCCUUUUUUUAUUGGCACCAUUUCUUUUUUUAUUUGCAGUGGGCUUCAGUUUCUUUUUUUGCAUUGGUAACUCCUGUUGUGGCUUCUUUUUCUUGUAUUUUUUUAUUUGCAGCAGUGGCAGUACUCGGCCACCAUCCAUUUCUCUAACAGCAUGGAACUGCAUUUAAUUUCAUAGUUGUCAUUAAAGAAGCUUGGUUAGAAAUCCGAUGUAGUGUGUGACUGAUGAUUUGGCAUUGAACUUCUCACAAACACUCGUCUCUCUGUCUCUUUUUCAGGGGUCAUGUCUGCAACAGGGAAUGGCUAUGUCAUCUAUAUGACCAUCAAACGCAAGACGAAGUUAAAGCCUCCUGAGCUCAUGACUGUUAAUCUAGCCAUCUUCGACUUUGGCAUAUCAGGUACUGGUUUAUGUGUACACUGGCUAUGGAUGUUGUUUGCAUUGUGGACGGGACUUUUCUCUGAAGUGGCUGCAUUACUUUGGAGAAAUAAACUCUGCUUGGUUUGCCUUUAGUGGCAAUAAAGUGGAGUACUAUCAGAUGUUAUCUUCACUUUGAAAAUAUUGAAUAGAGAGACCAGAAUUUGUCCGUAUCUCAUCAAGUGAUUCCAAUAAACUUGACAUAAAAGUGUGACUCACCAGAUUAGGUUGGCAAUCUAGUAAAGAGAAACAGCCCUGGUUGUCAUAGCACCCAAGGACCUUUUUUAGGAGUGUUUUUACAAAGUCUCUUUGAAUUUGACUUUUACCUGUACCUGCCUGGUAUAAAUUGCAGAAGGACAAUAAAAGGUAUCUUGAAUCUUGAUUUAAAUCAUUUACAUGACUGCAGGAGUUUAAGUGUUUGUAAACCCUGCCUUCAUUAGAUUAACAAUAUGAACCUAGAGCUGCAUGCAUAAAUUUGCACAGUGUGAAAUCAUCAAGAAGAUUAUUUAGGAAGUUGUGAAGCUACAAACUUAAAAUCAGAGAUAAAUAUUUUCCAUGUUGUAUUUGCUUUAUUUGCUUUAUAGCUUGAUUGCAAAUGUCCUUAUCUGAGCUGAUGUGAUUUUGUAGUUUUGGCACGUGGUUCCUCUUAUCCUCUUAGUCAAGACUGAGAUUUAUGUUCAAGUGUGACAAUUAAGGCAGCACUGCAAUAAGUCAGUUGUCACCUCCUGGGCUUUUACCAUUCAUGAAUCUGAUUUUUCCCCAGUUUAGUUGUCAUCAUUGUGUAGAAACGGUCUUUUUGAACCCAUUUAGCUGUCUUGAAUGCAAUGUAUGUGAAUGUCAGCAUUCCAGUGAGUUAAAAACUCUCAGAGGAUUGGAGUAAUGAGACAAUAGGGCAUUUUGUUCUGUGGGCUGUACUGAGCUGUGAAUACAACUGCAGAAUCAUGAGACACAGAGGGCCAGAGAUCUUUCAAGGUCAAAACACUUAAGUGUUCCCUCCCCAGACUUAAUUCAGAAAAUCAAUCAAACAAUCAUCACAAUUAAAAAGAGGAAUGUAGGAUGCAAAUAAGUAGGACGCACUGGUAAGCUUAAAUCAGUGUUAGAUCUGACCUGGGUCUGCCCUUCUCUAUGAAAACAGAGCCAAAGCCGUGUCAACAGAGACCGUCUGCCCCCAAAAGUGAACAAAGCUUGGUCUCAUCAAACCAUGUGAUUGCCCUGAGGCUAUUUGCGCAGUAGUCCUGGAAAAGAUUAAAUACCGCUGUUUCCUCUGGAUUUUUUCCAGCAGUUGUGAUGAAGUGCAUGACUUUUAUUUUGGGCUUUCGUAGGAGGUUUAGUGUGUUCCAUGACAUGGGUGGGACCGCACCCAUUUCCAAGAAAGCUGGGACACUGUGUCACUGUCAACAAAAACUGAAUUUGACAGUUCUAGUUCAAAUAAUUUUGACUUAGAAUUCAAUGGAAAAUAGAGCAAAGAUUGCAAAACAAGUAUUGAAACUUCAAAAUGUAAUCGCUGAUGAAAAAUAUAUGUAUGCUCAUUCAAAUGUGAUAUUAUUAACACAUUUCAGAAAGCCAGGACAGGGGUGUGUUGUGCUACAUAACCUCGGCAUUUAACAAGACUACAGAGAAUAAUUGUAAAAUUAUGUAAUUAUUUAAUAAUCUUGUGGAUAAUAAAAUCUCCAAGUUCUUUGAAAUUUCACUCCGAAAACAUGAUUAAUGUUUGAACAAUUUUCCAUGCAGUUUUCAGGGAUUGGCUCUUUAGAUCUUUACUCAUUUCUAGACUGCUGAGAGACUAAGCCUCUCCAGAUUGCCUUUUUACACCCCAUAAUGGCAGGAACCUGUUUCCUAUUAACUUAAUUAUUAGUAGUCAUAUGUACCUCCAGGUCUUUUUAAUACUUUUUACCAUUACACAACUUGACAGUGUUUUUUUAUCGUCCCCGUCCUACCAUUUUUAGAUUGUGUUGCUGGUAUCUAGUUACCAUCACACUUAAAAUAUAUAUUUUUUCAAUAACUUGCAAGCCAUCAAAAUCAGUUUCUCUCUACUCAACAUCAUAUUUUUUUUGGAAUUUGGGUCUGUGACUCAGUUAUUGAUUACAAAAAAGACACAUGUCACCUGCAGAUGCAGCUCAAAAAAUUGAUUUUUUUUUCCUCUAAGUUCUUAUAUCAGAAAUUUUAAUUGCAGGCCGAUAUAAUUCAAUAUUUGUUUAUUUUAGCUGAUAUCGGAUUGAUACCCAAUAACAAUAUCAGAUUGGGACACCCCUAACAAAAAGGGAAACUUCUCUAUAUUGUAGAUUCGUCACACGCAAAGCAAAAUAUUUCAAUAAAUUUUUGUUUGAUUCUUGAUGAUUGUAUCAUUCAGCGCACAAAAAUCAAAGGUGAGUAAGCCACAGAAGGUCAUUGCUGACAAGGCUGGCUGUUCACAGAUUACUGCGUGGAAGGAUACUAACAGAAAGUUGACUAGAAGGGAAAAGUGUGGGAGGAAAAUGUGACCAAGCAACAAGGAUGAGCACAGCCUUGAGAUGAUUUUCGAACAAAGCAGAUUCAAAAGAUUGGGAAAGCUUCACACGGAGCGGACUGAGGCUUGAGUCCAAGUAUCAAAAACUGCUACACGCACAAAUGGACUACAAGUGUCAUGUUCCUACAGCCAAGGCACUCCUGAACAAGAGACAAUGUCGUAAGCAUCUCACCUGGGCUAAGGAGAAAAAAAACUAGACUAUAGCUCAUUGUUCAAAAGUCCUGUUGAACUGAACUUUUUACGACAUACAGUAUAUAUGCAUUUUUUGAACCGCAGCUGUAUAGGGUAUGUGAGUUGGCAUCAAAUAGUUUAUCCAUAGAGUUACUGUUCUUGAAAGAAUCUUUUCAUUGGUGUUCAGUACGGCCCUUUUCUUGCUGACAAUGCAGCCGGACCAAGGCUAGAGUAAUGGUUUGAAAAGCAGUAGGGCCAGCUGGAGGGGGCCAGCUGGAGGUCAUCCUUUGAAACCACUGAUAUUUCAGAAAAAAUAAAUAAGAGUGAAGAGAUUUCAAAAGAGUGGGAGUAACAGCAAUUUCACACAUAUCUUGAUAUAAAUCAAAAACAACUUCACAAUCUAAAUUGAGCCAUUCAACAGAUUUAUUACGCAACUCAAGGUCAGAACAUCCAGGUAAGAUUUGACCACGUAUGUCGUGCUGUGCUGUUUCAGAGGGUGUGAUGCCUUAAUCAUACUUGAUUGGUUGGAGAUAAUUCCAUUCAUUUCUAAUGAGGGGCAUCAUCAAACCCACCUUUGACUUGAUUAGAUUUAACUACUCCAGAGAGGCUCUACAGUUCAACCAGCAGCAGGUGGGAGAUGAAAAGGGAAAAAGGGGGUUGUUUUACUUGUGGAAGAUAAUCACACUGAUCAUGCUCCUUAAAGGUCACAUUGGGCAAAGAGGUUGAAUUAAGUCCUUUUAGUUAUAAACACAAUAUAUUACAGUCUCCCCCCUUAGAUAGACUGGGCUCAAGCUGGCAUGUUGUACUUCUCUUAGCAUUGUGACCCUAGAACGGCAUGUUAUCAUAUCAAUAGAUGAGUGAACUUUUACCAUGACGCAACAUAACGUCAUUAUUUAUUUAACAGGGUCUAUUCUACAUCAAAAACAGUCGGCUGCUCCUUACUUAUUUAUGCUGCUGGAUCACAUAGCUGUGUUCUGUAGGAUAUUGUGUGCAGAAUCAAUACACUUCAGUAUUUUGUAAUAUCUGGGAGCACUAUGGCCAGUAGUCUUGAGAGUAAUGUCUAAAUAAGAAGUAUCCCUUAGUUAUGUGUGGGUUCUUUUGUGAGUGCAUGUCCGCAAGUAUUUUAGAGAGAGCACACAGUGACGCUAAAUGCAUCCCAUGUUGUAGUUGUUUGGCCGUGCAGCGUUGAGGUUAUUAGGAGAUAGGGAUGACGGCACCUUAUUAAGCUUCUAAUUACCCCAAACAAUGAGCAGUAUUGUGAUUUUUUGAGAUUAGGAAAGAAACACUUUCCACACUCAGGUAGUGAAAAGUGUGUUCUAAACUAUUUUCUUACUGUCUUGCAAAUGCAUCCUCUGAAUUUCAGGAAAGCACUUCACCACUGACUUAAGAAUGAAGACUUCAGAAGUUUGUGUUUAACUAAUCUUGAGUUUGCAUUGAGGUUUGUAUGUGUAAGAGGCUGACACAACUUAGUUAAGUGUGAAGCUUUACAUUCUUUCCAAAACUCCCAACUUCAAUUUUGAGUAACAAAGAUGAUCUUCUUUAACAUUUUAGAGACUUGAAAUGCCAAAAGACAGUCACUGACCAGUGGUAAUGGAUUUACUGACAAGAUAUUUUUUUAUUACCUCCACCAAGGAGGUAAUGUUUUCGGUAGCGUUGGUUUGUUUGUAUGUUUGUGAGUUUGUUUGUUGGUUGGUUUGUUUGUCUGUUUGCAACUUUACGGAGAAAGUAACUGACGGAUUGACCUGAAAUUUUCACCAGAGGUGCGUCUCAGCCCCAGGAGGAUCCCAUUAAAUUUUGGUGGUGAUCCGGACAAAAUUCUGGAUGCUGUGAUCCAGAACACACAAAAAUAAGGGUGUCAUUGGAAUUUUCAAUGCUGAAAGAUAACUAAUGGGCGGCACAGUGGUGUAGUGGUUAGCACUGUUGCGUCACAACCAGAAGGUCCUGGAUUCGAAUCCGGGUCAGGGCAUUUCUUGUUUUAGGAACAUUAUGAACAGUGAACAUACCAGUAUAAACACAAAUAAAAGUCAAUAAAAGACACGUAACAGUAAAAGUUUUGGUGUGAAUCACAAUAUAAGGGGGGACAUGAGCUGCUUGGCGGAGGUCUGCGCUCUCCGAGUGCUUUUCUAGUUCCCAAUAACUACAUAAAGCAUAUUGAUAGAAGUGUGAAAAUCUGUCUAUAACAUGUUUUUAAAACAUUUUAAAACUAAUAUAUUAGUCUUUAUUACACUGAAACCAUGUCAUUGUAGUCGUUCACCUUGCAUAAUACUUGCUGUAAUCCUCUGUAAUCCUCCCCUGGUUGACCUUUUAUCUUUUCAAGCCUUUAGUAGGGACCAUCAUGGGCAUUUCAUUAUCAUUAGCACACAAAUUAAGCUAUGUUGUUUCUAAAUUCUCUACAACUCUCUAAUUUGGCUCAAAUCCUGUUGUAGUUAAUUUCAAAAUAACUAUGAUUUUUAGUGUAACAGGUGAAGCAGAGUAAAGUCAUUACCAGAUGUCUUUGGAUCCACCAAACACAUUAACAUAAUGAAUUUUCUUCAUUAUCUAAAUUGUUUUGUUUUAUAAGAUUGUAGGGUUACUCAACUGUUUGAUUUACUCUUUUUGUUGUUUUUUUUGUUAUUGGGAAAUUAAGCAUGAAUAUUCAAAGUUAAUGGAGAAUUUUCCAUCUGUAUAUACACUGUUCAAUUUUGUUUGUCUCUCUUUAUAUUUGUAAUUGAUGUUUUAAAGGAGAUUGGUCUUGUUUCAAUGACAUUACACGUGUACACCAAUGGUUACCACAACCUGGUUUCAUGAUAAACUUUUCCCUUGAGCUAUCAAAAGACAAAAACUUAAAUAACUUGUCCUUCCUGUGUUGUCUUUUUCAAGUGAAAGGUUCUGAACAACAAACUUAAAUAUUUUAUGCACUAUUCCUAGUCUUGCAUUUAUGAUAAUGUGAAUUAAUAAAAUGAAAUACAACAGGCAGAAGCAGAAGGGGGAGUAUGAGUGCUUGAGUACCUGGCUUAGAGGUAGGGUUGGUUGUCUCCUGAAUGGAAGGUUCAGGGGUUCAAUCGCUAUCCAUAUGCUGAAACGGCACUUGACUCCGCCCAGCCCCUGCUGGCUAUGCCCAGUGGUGUGUGAAUGGGAUUAGUCAAAAACUGAUGGGUUCUUUAUAUAGCUGCUUCUGUAAUCAGUGUGAGAAUGUAUUGUGAAUGGGUGAAUAUGCCUUGAGAAGACUAGAGAAAGAAAAAUCAUUUCACGAAUGAACUACUUGAGCCCUGUAGAAGAAAUGAGGCUGCUGAGCAAGCCAAGGAGAGAUUGAGGGACAGUAUGUUAGUGGGCUUUGUGAUGUCUGCUAGGGCUAUAUUUGGGAGCAACCCAAACCUUGCAUCACUUGUGCUUGAGGCAAGGAGAGCCACAACCUCAAAGAGCAGGCAGUACAUGCUCAGGUCCAUGCUCAGGAUGGUAGGCAUGAGCUAACAAGGAGCUUGGACCAAGUGGAGGUACAAUCUCCUGGGUAAAGUUCUGAAAGGCAGAAUUUCUUCACUUAAAGUUCCUGAGUCUAUUCAUGAUGUCCUUCUGAGCCCAAUAAACCUGGUCUGUGAGGGGUUUGACUGACUGAACUGCCUGCCAUUGCUGCCAGCAGGGAGGCACUCUUGAACACAUCCUUAGCAGCUGUCUAAAGAGCUUGGAGGAAGAGAAGUAGUGGUGGUGCCAUGAUCAGGUCCUUCAGGCAUUUGCCAACCCCAUCUGCGCUAACUGUUGGAGGUGAGGAUGGAGGACUUGCUGCAAAGGGGUGAAAGUUGGCUGUGGGGACUUUGCAGGCUAGUCUCUUCAUGGGAAUCCUGGACCUCCUUGGUAUCUAUGGGAACAUCCUUUUUGCAGCCACAAGGUCUUCCAAGUGGCUCUGCUUUAAGAAAGGUGACACAUGGCACAUGCUACAUAAAGGCAAGUCAAGCUCUGAUCACCCCCAGUAUGACACCCUUGCCCUUGGCCCUAAGCCACUAGCCAGACUCUUAUCCUCUGUUGUCCCUUAGGUUGUAAAACAAAUGACCAAAAUGACCAAACUUAACCUGAAAGCAAAAGCUCAAGACUUGCCUCCUCAGGUAAUAUCUAUGUGCUUAAGCUCAGCUCUUCUCCUAUGUUGUCCCCAGGGAUAGAAUAACUGGAACAAAUGAUCUCAAUAGUCCCCCUCUGCUGAGACACUUUGUGGCCCAGCUUUUAGGGGACAACUCUGCACAUGGUACAUCUAAUAAUGACGAUGAUGAUAAUGAUGAUACUGAUGAUGGUUACGAUGGUGACGAUGAUAAUGAUGAUGGUGAUGAUGAUGAUGAUGACAGUGUCACUGUGACUUGUGUUUCACUUAAGUUGAUGAUGAUGAUAAUUAUGAGGAUAAUGAUGAAGGUGAUAAUGAUGAUGAUGAAGAUGAUGAAGACGAAGGUUAUGAUAAUGAUGAUGAUGGUGAUGAUAAUGAUGUCAGUGUCAUUGUUACUUUAUAUGAAUGUUUUUUCACUUUAGUUGAUGAGGAGAUGAAGAUAAUGAUGGUGAUGAAGAUAAUGAUGGUGAUGAUGAUGAUGUCAGUGUCACUGUGACUUUAUAUAGAUGGUAUUUCACUUUGGUUGAUGAGGUGAUGAUGAUGAUGAUGGUGAUGAUAUUGAUGAUGAUGGUGAUAAUAAUCAUGACAGUGAUAUUGGUGACAGUGUCAUUAUGACUAUAUAGAUGGUGUUUCACUUUAGUUGAUGGUUUGAUGAUGGUGAUGAUAAUGUCAGUGUCACUGUGACUUUAUAUGGAUGGUGUUUCACUUUAGUUGAUGGUGUGAUGAUGAUGAUAUAUUACUACUACUAUUACUGGUACUUGCUCAUGUUUGUUUCUUCUAUAUUUGCUUGUGUUGUCCUUGGUCUUAAAUGAACAUUACGUUAGACAAAAGCAUUUGCUAAAUGACAUUGUAACAUAGUAAAUACAUUGUCGUUUAAUUACACUUUUAUGCAUCUUUAUUAAGUUGUUCUCUACAUUUCUGUCCUUUCUUUGCUCUGUCUUGCAGUGACAGGAAAGCCUUUUUUUAUUGUAUCCAGUUUCUCUCAUCGCUGGCUGUUUGGCUGGGAAGGCUGCCGUUUUUACGGCUGGGCAGGCUUCUUCUUUGGUUGCGGGAGCCUCAUCACAAUGACUGUGGUCAGUCUGGAUCGAUACUUAAAGAUCUGCCAUCUCAGUUACGGUAUGUUAAAGUAUCCCCUCAACAUUUGAACUCUGUCCAUCUCCAAAAAAAAACAAAAAAAAAAAAAAACAUUAGACAGCAACAUUACACAUUAUCAGUGAAAAUUUAUUUCUAUAUUUGUGUUACCCACUGAAGCAGAUCAGUAUCUCCAAAAAAGUUAUUUGUUCUUGAGAGGUAUAAGUCAUGUCAGCAGAUCAGGAUUCAUUACUCCUUGAUGCAUUUGCAAAGUUUUCAUGAAACUUUACAAAGGGUUUGUUUCAUCACUCGCCACUGUUUCUGAUUUUUCAACACUUUUAGGAACAUGGCUAAAACGCCACCAUGCUUUCCUGUGCCUAGUCUUUGUCUGGAUGUAUGCAGCUUUCUGGGCCACCAUGCCCCUGGUAGGCUGGGGAAACUAUGCGCCUGAGCCCUUUGGGACCUCCUGCACAUUGGAUUGGUGGCUGGCACAGGCCUCUGUGUCUGGCCAGAGCUUUGUCAUGGCCAUCCUGUUCUUCUGCCUCAUCCUCCCAACAGGCAUCAUCAUCUUCUCAUAUGUUAUGAUCAUCUUUAAAGUGAAGUCAUCGGCAAAGGAGAUUUCAAACUUUGAUGCUCGCAUCAGAAACAGCCACACUCUUGAGAUGAAACUUACAAAGGUGAGUCAGUAGGAGAGGGAUAGUUUGAAAAGGAUAUUAAGCAGGACAUAGAAAGACUGCUUGUUGUAAAUAAAGUCUAUAGAAGAAUCAUUGGUGAAGACAAAUCUGUAAUCUGGAUUUUGCUUUGUUUUAUCUCUUAGGUGGCAAUGCUGAUCUGUGCUGGCUUUUUGAUAGCCUGGAUCCCAUACGCAGUGGUUUCAGUGGUGUCCGCGUUUGGUGAGCCAGACUCAGUGCCCAUUCCUGUGUCUGUCAUACCCACACUGCUGGCCAAGUCCUCAGCCAUGUAUAACCCCAUCAUCUAUCAGGUUGUGGACCUAAAAAAUUCCUGCACAAAAUCCUCCUGUUUUAAGGUCAUGAAGAAGCGCAGGCACUUUAGAAAGUCAAGGUAAAGCAAAACUUGUUAUUUUUCUAAAUUUUUAACUUGUUCUAUUUAUUUCCAUGUUUUAUUUUGUGUAAUAUGGGUUAUGGUGAUUGGUCAAGUAAAACACUAGGUGAGUGUUGAGUGGAAUGUUUUUUUCUUAGAAGCUAUUCAUGUCUGAAAAUCACAAAAAUUCCCACAGCUAGGCUGAACACUAAGUUUGUGGAUCGAAAACAUUCAUUAAGGUAUGAACAUAACAGAAUGUUAGCCAAAUUUUACUCCAUCUAAAUCCAGGCCAAAAGGGUUGAUAAUAUGAAAAAGAAUUUUGAUUGAAAAAAUAAAAUUUGAAUCUGGAAUUUUAUGGUUUGAUCUUGAAUUUUGAAAAACUAAAAACACUUUAUUCAAAAUAAAAAUAAAGUGUAUUAAAAAAAAUUUCAACCCUUGACCCCCCAUGCCAGAACAAAGACAAAAGUUUGAAACUGAAAAAAAUUAAAUCUGAAAGUGAAAAAAGUUUUAAAGUUGGGAAAAAAAAUGCUUAAACCUGAAAACAUGAUUUGAAUGUGAAAAAAUAAAUUUCAUACACUUAUUUUUAUUUUAAAUCCAGUGUUUUAAAAUUCAUUGACAAACCAUGACCAUUCAGAUUUAAAUUCUUUUUUUCCAAUCCCUUUUUAUUUAAAUUAACAAACCUUUUGGCCUGGAUUUAGCUCCAUAGAUACACAUAAAGGGUAUUAUUUGACAUGAAUGGCUGUAACAAAUAAAGUUUUUACAAACCUUUGGCCUGAAUUUAGCUCCAUAUAUACACACAAAGGGUAUUAUUUGACGUGAAUGGCUGUAACAAAUAAAAUGAACUCCUGGGCAGCCUUAAUAGUUUGUUUUGAUCAUUUUGAUUUUCAUUUUGCACACAGUCUGACUGCGACAGACAUGAAUGUCUUUCUUAGAUUAACCACUGCUGCUUGUUGCUAUCUCUGUCAUUCAUUUGCAAAAGGCUCUGGUGAAAAAGACGAGCAUAGGCUGUGUUUUUACACCAGCGUCUGUACUUUUUGGUACUUUUAAAGUAAAAAUGACAGAUAUUUUAUAAUUUUAAAGCCUUUGGUAUUGAAAAGUUUAAAAGUAUUGAAUUUUUUUACCUUAGUAAUGCGAAUGAAGCCAUGAUAAUUUCUACCUCAUCCUUAUCUAACCUCCCAAAAUCCUUCUUCUAUGUUGAGAGCUGAGCUUUUAAAUGAAUAUCCAUCCAUUAUUUUUCACAUCAGAACGAAUGUCACAUAUUAAAAUAUUCCUAAAAGUCUAUGAAAUUAUAGUAAGCUAUAAAAUUAAAAUUGCACAUGGUAGCGUAAUAAGAUAAAGGGGUUCCAUUUAGAGGGCAGCAAAUUCCAUGUCAGUGCAUGUAAGAGCAUACAUAUAUUAAAAGCAUGGUUUUGAUUUGGUUUUUCCUCAUGUCUUUUAAUGUUUGAAGGUUCUACACCAUCUCUGGGACCUUGAAGGACGGUCCAGCAGCCAAAGAAGCUCAUAUUGAGUUGUGA